CUCACAUUCACAGAGUGGAAAGAAAUCAACGUUAAGAUGGAGGAAGAGAUGGAGGAUCAGCGCAGACUGAUGGAUUUUACCCGGAUACCGAGGAUCAUCUUACACCGGAUAGAUGUGUGUAAAGAGGAGGAGGUUCUCAAUGAGCCCAGCAACCAGGAGGAAAACGCUACUUUAUAUCAAGGGGGACCAGACCUUCUGCAGAUAAAACAGGAACAAGAGGAAGCAGAACUUCUGCAGAUAAAACAGGAACAAGAGGAAGCAGAACUUCUGCAGAUAAAACAGGAACAAGAGGGACCAGAACAUCAACAGUUCAAAGAUGAAGAGAAGCAACUCUGCAUCAGUCAGGAUGAAGAGCGUCUUCCUUAUAAUGUGCAAAGAAUCCACAAUGAAACAGAACCACAGAGAAACCAACUCAUCUCUCAUGACUCUGCUGAGGAUGAGAACCAGGAUCAGGAAGGAAUACCUCAGUUCACCUGA